GCCUAAACAAAAUGGCGGCAGCCAAAGUAACGGGACGGCAUAGUUCCGGACCAGGUGGCCCCGUUAGGGUAGGAUACUAUGAAAUGGAGACCACGAUAGGCAAAGGGAACUUCGCAGUAGUAAAAAGGGCUUCCCAUAUAGUGACAAAAACGAAGGUCGCCAUUAAGAUUAUAGACAAGACACAACUAGCUGAUGAUAACUUAAAGAAAAUAUUCCGUGAAAUAGAAAUAAUGAAAUUAUUACGACAUCCGCAUAUAGUGCGAUUAUACCAGGUGAUGGAGACCGAACGGAUGUUAUAUUUAGUAACAGAGUACGCCUCGGGAGGUGAAAUAUUUGACCAUUUGGUAGCUCAUGGGCGUAUGAACGAGAAGGAGGCUCGCAAGAAGUUCAAGCAGAUUGUCGCGGCCGUGUCGUACUGUCAUAGUCGACACAUCGUCCACCGAGACCUGAAGGCGGAAAACUUGCUACUUGAUGCAAACCUCAACAUCAAAAUAGCAGAUUUUGGUUUCAGCAAUCACUUCUGUCCUGGUUCCAUGCUGAAGACGUGGUGCGGCAGUCCACCCUACGCCGCACCGGAAUUGUUUGAAGGCAAGGAGUACGACGCUCCUAAAGUCGAUGUCUGGAGCCUCGGUGUGGUGCUGUAUGUACUCGUGUGUGGUGCUCUUCCGUUUGAUGGCAGCACACUACAGUCGCUGAGAUCUCGGGUUCUCAGCGGGAAAUUCCGCAUUCCAUUUUUCAUGUCUACAGACUGUGAGAAUCUGAUCCGCCACAUGUUGAUAGUGGACCCAGUGAAGAGGCUGUGUGUAGAUAGUAUUAUCAAACACAAGUGGAUGAACGUGUCGGGGGAGGACCCAGAGUUUGAGCAGAUCAUCAGCGAGUACAACCGUCCAGAGACCAACUGUGAUUCCAAGUCGAUCAACCUGCAGAUUCUACAGUAUUUAGAGGACCUCGGCUUCGACAGAGCGCGCACAGUGAAGUCUGUGGAAGACCAGUGUUACGACCACCACAGUGCCAUCUACCACCUGCUCCUCGACAAGUACCGCAAACACCCGCGCACCCUCAACAACAAGUCAGUGGCGGUGCUGCCCUCUACCUUGCCGCCGGCCACCCGCACCGAACGUAGAUCUAGUAUUACCACCGGAGUCGUGGAGAGAGUGGAAGUGCCAGUAGAAGUUCACGAAGCUGAUCCGAUUCUUCCAAGUCAAACAACGCCACUCGCACCCACUCAUCUCAGUGCCAUAUCUCAAGUGCAAUUCUCCCAGCUCACGAUGUUCGAGGAUGGAAACCAGUCCGACUCGGACGAGGAACCAUCCCCUGAGGCGCUGGCUCGCUACCUGGCGAUGCGGCGACACACGGUGGGGGUGGGCGACUCGCGACAUGAGGUCCCGGAGGACGUGCGCGUCAAGCUGGCGCACCACCAGCCGAUAAUCGGCAUGCCGCAGCCGUCAUACUUCAUGCCGUUUGGCUGCCUUCCCGACACGAAUCUUCCACAAAAUCUGCCACCCGUGUCCAGCAUGUACCCGCCAAACUUUCACGUCGCUGAGCACAACCUGUUACAGCCGCCACAGUUUGCUGGGCAAGCUGACCACAGUCUGAUAGGGCGGCGUGCUUCGGACGGUGGGGCCAACAUCCACCUGUUCAGCCAGCACUUCCAGCACCAGAUGUGUAUGGACAACCGAUCAGGGGGGAGCCGCGAGACACUGGCCACCCUGUCGCCCACUGCCGGCAUCCCACUGCCGAUCCUCUCCCUGCAGAACUCGAUCACCCUGGAGGAGAAGGAAGGCUGCCUGUCGGACCAGGAGCCUGACUCGGACGCCGUCAACAGCUACAUGAUAAACCGCGGCCUGUUGAAGCGCCACACGUUGGCUAUCGCCAACCCCAUGCACGAGAUGCAGCAGCAGGAGUUCCAGGCAAGGGCGUCGCUGCAGUCCGUCCGCGGGCGAACGAGGACCGGUCUACUGUCGCCGGCGGAGAGAAUGUCAGUUCGUGAUUCGUUCAAGGAUGUGAACAGUCUGCACCUCCCGAAUGAGCGUUUCUCUCCGGUGCGCCGAGCAAGCGACGGCCUGGCGAACAUUCCCAAGUACCAGGCCACCUACCUGGAGAAGCUGUACAACCAGACCCUGGGGCUGGGCAUCGGCUCAUCCCUGGGGAGUCCUCGACACAGCAGUCAGUCCAGUCUGAGGCAGAUCACCCACGAGUGUCAGGAACUACAGAAACAGGUGAGCGGUCUGGAUGCAGAGAAACAAUCAGAACGACAGCAGCAACAUGCACUACACCGGAAACAACAACAAUCCUUUACGACCAAUCCUACAUUGCAGCGGUCUCCGGUACCAUCUCCGCCUCUCCCCGGAUCACCCAGUUUCCAACGGCAACAGGUGCAGCCAGCCACCGCGGAGACCCUCUCCAACAACCUGUACCAGCACCUGCAGCGUCUGCACCUGCAGCAGAUCCAGACGACGACUGCAGCGGCGCCGUUUACACGAACCAGUCCACCGACCCUCGGUUCCAUCAUCAGCCCUCCACAGCCCAUCAUCGACCACUCCACCGGCCAACAGAACUACACCCACCUGCUACAGAACCUAUCGCAGGGCCUGACGCCCACCCACCAGCGAAGCAGCCCCCCGCCUGUGUUCCAGAACCUGCACAUCAUCCAGGAGGACAUCCACGUGGAUCUGUCCUGCCCCGAGGACGAGGAGAUGCAGGACAUAUCAAAACAGAUGACUACUGGUGGUGGUGGUGGUGGUCACAGCAGUGAGAGUGUCCUAAUCUCGGCCUCGGCUGGCCGCGAUGUCAAGCACAGACAGUUUGUCGGAACACCGCAGAUCAGCAUCACUGAUACUCAGGGUCACGUGACGGCCGUUUCCACGGCAGACGACGACAGUGCAAUGGACACAAAAGAGGCAGCUGCCACCACCGCUGCUGCCACUUCCAGACUGUCGUCAACGAUGUCUGCGGGGGUGGCGGUGUGUGCCAGUGCCAUGACGUCGGUCGGCGGUUCACCGCCCGGGACGUCGAAGUCGCCAGCUCAUCAAGUGUCGAGCCCGUGCGGGGUGGCGGUCGGUGGUCCGGAAACCUUCCCGAAGUCGCAGGUUCUCCACACGUACCCAAUGCACAUGUUCAACAGCUGCAUCAACACGGACCUGUCGAGUAUCCAACCCCCAGUGUCGGCGCUGGCGGACCUCCAGCACAGCGAGCUGAAGUCGCUGUACAACACGCAGUACGCUCUGAGCAUGAACCGCAUGCAGAGGGUGUCACCGCCGCCGCGCUUCAGGCGACACCACACGAUGCGCGAGGCGACAAACACGUUCUUUCAGCAGCCGCCGCCGGUCAUCCAGAACUACCCCUUCAUCGACUUCAGCACAGUGCCCGUCGUCGGCAGCGAACAAACGUUUCACAACCAUUCACAAUUUAUGGACUUCCAUUCUGUGCCAACGGAGAGCGUUAAUGUUAGCAGCGUUAAUGUUAGUGUCGAUGCUACCACUACUACUACUACCACCAUUUCUUCAAUCUCCUCGGACACUGUGCUCGAUUUAUCGGUGGCCGACAAAAAAUCCGACCCCCGGUUAGCUGCUUCGCAUUCCCCAGUAGUCAAUAACAACUCCCCUUCCCCUUCUUCACCGGUGAACGGGUGCAUUUAUUCGGACGUGAGGUCAUGCGCAGAUCCGUCCAACGUUCUGAUCGACAUCAACCCGGACCUGCACAAGAGCGUGGAGGAUGUGCUGUUGGCUAUCAAACAGAUGCUGGACACACGGCGGCCCGACGUGGAGUACUACUGCUCGGACACGAUGUUCCAGCUGAGGAACAAUGACCUGCAGAUGGAGCUGGAGGUUUGUGAGGGCGAUAUGCCGCGCGUCCAAGUACGCAAGCUAUCGGGUGAUAAUCUCCUGUACACGAGACUCUGCAAUGACCUGCUGUCGUGUGUCAACAACUAGAGUGUAUUCGAAACUUCUGGAGGAAGGGUGAUGAUAACUAGAGUGUAUUCGAAACUUCUGGAAGAAGGGUGAUGAUACUUCUCCUGCAAUGACCUGCUGUCACGUGUCAACAACUUGAGUAUUUACAGAUACGCAAGCUGUCGGGUGAUAACGUUCUGUACACGAGACUGCAAUGAUCUGCUGUCGUGUGUCAACAACUAGAAUAUAUUCGAAGCUGUUUUUGGAGCGGGAAAUAGGUUUUUGGAGUGGGAAAUAGGUUCUUGGAGCGGGGAAACGGGUUCCUAAAACAUUUUAAUGAGGCAAUAACAUGAAAAGGUUGACAAUAUUCCUUCUGCCAUGACCUUCUGUUAUGUCAACGACUAGAGUGUAUUCUAAGCUGUUCUUGGAGUGGGAAACAGGUUCCUAAAAUGUUUUAAAGAGGCAAGAACAUGUUUUCAAAUUCCACAAAUAUGGAAGGUUGAUGAUAUUUCAACAAUUAAGAGUGUAUUCGAAACUUCUGGAGCAGGGAACAGGUUCCUAAAAUGUUUUAAAGAGGCAAGAACAUGUUUUCAAAUUCCACAAAUAUGGAAGGUUGAUGCUAUUUUAACAAUUAAGAGUGUAUUCGAAACUUCUGUAGCAGGGAACAGGUUCCUAAAACAUUUUAAAGAGGCAACACGUUGUUUUCAAAUUCAUCACACAUAGAAAGGUUGAUAUUCCUUCUGCAAACAACCUUCUGUCAUGUAUCAACCACUAGUGUAUUAGAAGCUGUUCUUGAAGCAAGGAACAGGUUCCUAAAACAUUUAAAGAGGCAAUAACACGUUCAUGCUUUGAAAUUCCACACGUGGGAAGGUUGACGAUAUUCCUGGUGAUGUGGUUGUGAGUAUAGAACAGAUUCUGAAACAUUCACAAAAGCUGUUUCGAAUACACGCCUAGAUUCUACCAGGACUGCUGAAUUUUUUUUAGGGAGUUCUCUCCCUUGUUGCUGAUGGCAGUAAACGUCUGCCAGAGUUAACCCCCUUUGUACAGCACUUUCCUGUGUGAAAGAGAUUAUGUUGCGUGAGAGGACUGCUGUUGGAGCAGCCAUUUUUUUUAUUCUUUUGUCCGUCCGUCUGUAUAAAAGAAAUUUGUUUUAACUGUAUAAAUUGCAUGAUAGUGCAACAAAAGGU